AUGUCACGAUUAAACGCUGGAGCCUUUGAAUUUGUCCCGGGGCAGUCCUUUAGACCGCCGCAACAAGGUCAAGGACAGCAAGGUCCACCAGGCAGUCAGCAGCCGCCCGUGCAGCCCGGAUAUGGCUUUCAGAACAAUUUCCAGGGCAAUUUUCAGCCACCCCAGGGUGCAUAUGGACAGCAACAACAACAGUAUGGACAAGGGUAUUAUCAACAGCCCGGUCAAGGCUACCCAAACCAAUACGGCAAUGCUUAUCCUUAUUACCAGCAAUACAACCAGCAGCAACCAUACAGACCUCCCCAACACCUUCAACAAGAUUUUCAACCACCGGCGCAGCAGUAUCAAUCUCAGCCACCCACCGUUUCCAACCCCACUCCUGCUCAAGAACCACCUCGCCAAAGUGCACCAGCCCCAGCCCCGACUGGUGUAACAGUUUCUCUGAAUAUCGGGGGCUCAAAACCAGCUGCAGCGGCCACACCAAAGGAGAACAAAGCCGACGCACCGUCGAGCGGUCAUGCCUCUGGGACGAGCACACCCACUAAACCACCCCCCAAAUCACAGACAUCUGUUCCAAAAGCCGGUGCAGCACCUGCUGCAAAGGAAAAGAAGGAAAAGGACUUUAAUUUCUCCAUGGACAGAGCGAAGAAUGACGCCGAUGCCAUUGUCAAGGAGCAGACUGCCAUCGCGACCGAAGAAACCCUAAAAGAAUUAUAUGGUGCCGAAGAGGAAGACGUGGUGGAUACGAAUGAAAAAGUCAACCUCAAUGUCGUGUUUACGGGGCACGUAGAUGCCGGAAAGAGUACGCUCGGUGGGCAAAUUCUCGUCCUUACCGGCAACGUCGACAAGCGAACGCUCGAGAAGAAUAUGAAGGAUGCCAAGGAUGCCGGUCGAGAGACUUGGUAUCUCUCGUGGGCCCUCGACUCGACUCCUCAGGAGCGAGACAAGGGAAAGACGGUAGAAGUCGGCAGAGCCUAUUUCGAGACCGACAAGAAGCGGUAUACCAUUCUCGAUGCGCCUGGUCACAACACCUUUGUUCCCAGUAUGAUCAGUGGUGCCGCACAAGCCGAUAUUUCGGUCCUUGUCAUUUCCGCACGAAAGGGCGAAUUCGAGACUGGAUUCGAAAAGGGUGGCCAGACUCGAGAACACAUCACGCUUGUUCGUACAGCUGGUGUGAACAAAAUUGUCGUCGUCAUCAACAAGAUGGACGAUCCCACAGUCGAAUGGGACAAGGCACGGUUCGACGAGAUCAAGGACAAGCUUAGUCCAUUUGCGCGCGCAACCGGCUACAACCCAAAGACAGACCUCGUCUUCAUUCCUGUGUCCGCCUAUACUGGUGUCAACGUCAAAGACCGUGCGGACAAGCAGACCCUCCCUUGGUACAAUGGCCCAUCUCUCCUCGAAUAUCUAGACAAUCUGCCACCCCCCGAUCGGAAGCUCAAGGGCCCGGUCAUGAUUCCUGUCUCCGAAAAGUACAAGGACAUGGGUACCGUCAUCGUUGGAAAGAUUGAGUCCGGUCGAGUACGCAAAGGGUCCUCAUUGCUCAUGAUGCCCAACCGUGUGACGGUUGAAGUCGCAGGUAUCUUCAAUGAGAUGGAGGAAGAGAUUGCGAGUGCAUUUGCUGGCGACAAUGUGCGCAUCCGACUACGAGGCGUCGACGAUGAGGAUAUUUCACCCGGAUUUGUUUUGACUAGCCCCAAUAAACCAGUCCAUACGGUUCGACAAUUCAUUGCCCAACUCGCCAUUCUAGAGCACAAGAGCAUUAUCUGUGCUGGUUAUUCCGCUGUGAUGCACGUGCAUACUCUGUCGGAAGAAGUCAACCUUCUUGAGCUCCUUCACUACCUCGACAAAAAGACGGGCAAGCGAUCGAAGAAGCCACCUCAAUUUGCCAAAAAGGGAAUGCAAAUCAUUGCAAAGGUAGAGACUACUGCGCCGAUAUGUCUCGAAACAUACAAAGACUACCCACAACUUGGUCGCUUUACCCUUCGAGAUGAAGGCAAAACGAUUGCAAUGGGCAAGGUUCUCAAGCUCAUCGAGGCGUCAGACGCCACCGAUUAA